AUGAUUUUGCACCAAAUAGAGGCACUUUUCCGACGUUCUAAUACAACCAUCCAUCUUCUCCAACUUCAUUCUCUAAUCAUCAAAACAGCCCUUCAUCACAACAAAUAUCGUCUCUCCCAAUUGAUAUCAUUGUCUUCUUCAAUAUCUCUCCAAUUCUCUCGCACAUUCUUCGAUAAUGCUCCCAUUAUUCUACCAAUCUUCGCAUGGAACACAAUGAUUAGAGCAUAUUCCAAAAGCUCCACGGAAUUAGAGUCUCUGAACCUCCUUAACCAGCUUCGGAAAAUUGGAUUAGAACCGGAUAAAUUCACAUUCCCUGUUGUUCUAAAGGUUUGUGGGCAUUUUUUAAUGAUUGGAACUGGUGGGUCAUUGCAUUCAAUGGCUUUCAAGUCAGGUUUCAGUUCAGAUUUACAUGUAAACAAUAGCCUUUUUAGAAUCUAUGCAGGAUUUGGUGCCAUCAGCUUUGCAAGGCUAGUGUUUGAUGAAAUGCUUGAGAGAGAUGUAGUUUCUUGGAGUUCUAUGAUUGCCGCUUAUGUUCUUUGGUAUACAUAUUUGUUUUUCCAGUAA